GCUGUGGACAGGAUUAGACGUUGCCUGUGACUCUUAGAAGAGAGAGGAGAGAACUGCUCUGGGGUUUAAAUCAUUCACGGAGAAGCAGUGGUGGGACAGCCCUGGUUCUGGGGUUCCGACGCUUCUGGGGACUUGCUGGUGUUUUUUGGGGGGUUUUUUUGGCGGACAGACUGCACCCUGAGCCGGUGGCUCCGGGACCACCAUGGACUACCUCGCUGGGAUUAUAGUGCUGCUCUGUGGAGUGUCUCUGCCUUCGAGCGAGGGAUCGCAACAGCCCAAGCACAACGUCCCGCGCCUCAAGCUCUCCUACAAGGAGAUGCUGGAGUCCAACAACCUAAUUACCUUUAACGGCCUGGCUAACAGCUCCAGCUACCACACCUUCCUGUUGGAUGAGGAGAAGGGCAGACUGCUGGUGGGAGCCAAGGACCACAUUUUCUCCUUUAAUCUGCUCAACAUCAAGGAGUAUUUGACGAUUGCAUGGCCAGCAACCCCGUCAAGGCGAGACGAAUGCAAGUGGGCUGGGAAAGACAUCUUGAAAGAAUGCUCCAAUUUCCUCAAGGUGCUUCAGACAUUUAAUCAAACCCACUUGUAUGCCUGUGGAACUGGAGCCUUUCACCCGAUCUGUGCCUAUCUGGAGGUGGGAAAACGACCAGAGGACAGUAUCUUCAGGCUUGAGACCUCACACUUUGAAAAUGGCCGUGGAAAGAGUCCCUACGACCCAAAGCUGCUGACAGCUUCUCUUCUCAUUGAUGGGGAGCUGUACUCUGGGACAUCAGCAGACUUCAUGGGCAGGGACUUUGCCAUUUUCCGAACACUGGGUCAGCAUCAUCCAAUCAGGACGGAGCAGCACGAUUCCAGAUGGCUAAACGACCCAAGGUUUGUGAAUGUUCACCUGAUUCCCGAGAGUGACAACCCGGAGGAUGAUAAGAUCUACCUGUUCUUCCGGGAGAACGCCAUGGAUGGAGAGCACUCUGGGAAAGCCACGCACGCCAGGAUCGGGCAGCUCUGUAAGAAUGAUUUUGGGGGCCACAGGAGUCUUGUGAAUAAGUGGACCACCUUCCUGAAAGCAAGACUGAUUUGCUCUGUGCCAGGAGCCAAUGGCAUUGACACACACUUUGAUGAGCUGCAGGACAUCUUCCUGAUGAGUUCAAAGGAUCCCAAGAAUCCAAUCAUAUACGGCGUGUUCACAACCUCCAGUAACAUCUUUAAGGGUUCGGCGGUGUGCAUGUACAACAUGGCAGACGUGAGGAGGGUAUUCCUGGGGCCCUAUGCCCACAGGGACGGACCCAACUACCAGUGGGUGCCUUUCCAGGGGAGGGUGCCCUAUCCACGUCCAGGAACGUGCCCAAGCAAAACCUUCGGUGGAUUCGACUCCACAAAGGACCUACCUGAUGAAGUCAUCACCUUUGCAAGAGGCCACCCUGCCAUGUUCAAUGCCGUCCAUCCAAUUAACAACCGGCCGAUAAUUAUCAAGACUGAUGUGGAUUACCAGUUCACACAGAUGGUGGUGGACAGGGUGGAGGCAGAGGAUGGCCAGUAUGACGUCAUGUUCAUCGGGACAGAUAUCGGGACUGUUCUGAAAGUGGUGUCCAUACCGAGAGAGACCUGGCAUGACUUGGAGGAAGUCCUGCUGGAGGAGAUGACUGUAUUCCGGGAACCAACCACCAUCACAGCGAUGGAGCUUUCCACUAAGCAGCAACAGCUCUACCUGGGCUCUGAAAUCGGGGUUUCCCAGAUGCCUUUGCACCGGUGUGACGUCUACGGCAAGGCCUGCGCCGAGUGCUGCCUGGCGAGGGAUCCUUACUGCGCCUGGGAUGGCACUGAGUGCUCCCGCUACUUCCCCACCGCUAAGAGACGAACAAGACGUCAGGACAUCCGGAAUGGUGAUCCUCUGACACAGUGUUCAGACCUACAGCAUCACGACGAGCUGAAUGGACAAGGCACUGCGGUGAACAAGAUCAUCUAUGGCGUAGAGAACAGCAGCACAUUUCUGGAGUGCAGUCCCAAAUCCCAGCGCGCUCUCAUCUACUGGCAGUUUCAGAAACCGAAUGAAGAGCGCAAACAUGAGGUGAAGUCAGAGGACAGGUUCAUCAGGACAGAGCAGGGCCUGCUGGUCCGAAGCCUGCACAGAAAGGACUCGGGCGUCUACCACUGCCACGCGGUGGAGCACGGCUUCAUCCAGACCCUGCUGAAGGUCACCCUGGAGGUCAUCGACACCGAGCACCUGGAGGACCUGCUGCACAAGGGCGAGGAGGCCGGCGACGGGGCCCGAGCCAGGGACGCCACGCCCAGCCACCCGGCCAGCCAGAAGAUGUGGUACAGGGACUUCAUGUCCCUCAUCAACCACCCCAACCUGAACAGCAUGGACGAGUUCUGCGAGCAGGUGUGGAAGAGGGAGCGCAAGCAGAGGCGGCAGAAAGCACAGAACGCUCAGGCACACUCCAACAAGUGGAAGCACCUACAGGACAACAAGAAGGGCAGGAACAGGAGGACCCACGAGCUGGAGAGGCCACCGCGGAGUGUCUGACACCUUCUAAAGACUUCUGAACAGACUUAAAAAAACUCAAACUGGAAACGAAUGCAAUACGCCCCUGAUCCAAGCCAUUGCAUUGGUGAAGAUGUUUACAAUGGUAUGACGCAGAGGACUGGUUUCACCAUAAUGUGUUCGUACUCAAAUCCUGUUGACCGAUGUCCAUCAAGGAAUGACAGAAGCCAACACUUGGACGCUAAUUCCUGUAAAUAGUCUAGGGCAAGAACUAUGUUUGACAUUGAUUCUGGGUUUUAGUUUAGUUUUGUUAAUGGUUUGUUUGGUUGUUUUGAUUACCCUGUUUUUGAGGUUGGGGUACACCUUCAAUCUACCAUCUUCGGAAAAGAUGGUACCACUUACUAUAGCUACAUACUGAAGUGUUCCUUAGGGUACAUCAAGAAAGUGAUUUUGAGUCACUUUUCAAACACAAAAUCACAGUGGAAGAUUUUUUCAAAACAAUCUAAAACUCAUUCAAAGAUGACAUUUUAAUCUCCUUCUAGCCAUUGUGGUGCCCUGAUCCUACACAAUGUAAAUAGAGGAUUCCUAAAUGGGCCUUGUAAGGUGUGGAUGAAGACUUUACGAAUGGCACAUGCUGAUCAGUCUUUUCUUUACCAUUAUGUUUAUUAUUUAUAAUAAGCCAACAGUAAUCAAUUAUCAAAGCUGAUACAUCUGUUUUCUGUGUUCAGUUAUCCUCUUCCAAAAGCAAUAGGUUGAGAUUGUCUCUGCGUUUAUAAUCUGAAUAAGCUGUAACAAAUCCGAUACCUAUUUAAACUUGUUUCUAAAGGAAUGAUUUAUUUUUUACACCAGAGUUCUAUCUAAAAGGUCUCUAACCUAGUUUCAUUUGUAUUGUAUUGUAUAUUUUCUUGCUUUCCCACACAAACUACUGCAUCCCCAUGGGGUAAAAACACUUAAACUUUCAUAUUACAUUAUUUUACUUAAGUUAUUUGGAUGGGUUGUAUCUUUUUGGAGAUUAAAUCUGCAGUAUAUUCACAUGAAUACCGAUGUGCUAUUCCACAUGUAUAUUAAUAAUUUGUCUUUGAAAAGUAAACUGUCAUUUGGUGUAUGUACAUAUAUUAAACCCAACAACAUUCUGUAAUUUAUUCAUCAUUGUGUUGUGGAAAGGCCAUAUUUGCUUUACAUGUGAUCAUAUUUUUCAAUUUUUUGGUAUAAACAUUAAAAUCUGCAGUAUCAACACUUAAAAUAUGGUCAUUAAUACAAUGGCCAACAAAUUCAACAUCAAGCCAAAAAGACAUAGAGGCUGCUUCUCCCGUUUUUACCCUUCACCUAUAACAAUCACAUGAGCAAGUGUAUUUGGUACUGCUUCAUUCUCCCAACUUUUACGAAAUAGACUUUAAAUACCAGUGUUGAAUGCACUCUUGUGGUUGACAGUUUGAUAAUAAGCAGAAAAAGGUUUUAUCCCCAUUCCUACCCGCUUAUUAAGAAUGUAAAAGAGAGUUAACAUAACAUUAGAUCUGGGUCUCAAAGCAUUUGUCAUAGGUGUGUCUUUUAUCAUUUACUGAAAAGGUUACCAGAAAGCGGUUGGGUUGUCAUGACCGUUUAGUGCUUUCACGCAGUUGAGAGCAGCUAGCAUUGAAAUCAUCUUUUUAAAAAUCCAGCUCUUGAUGUGGAUUCCAGCAUAUCAGCAGGAAGUGCCCGAUGUCACAAUAUUUUCCAUUGUUCUGUUACUGACCCUAGUGUGCAGAAUGCAGAAGCUGAAUACAAAGCUGUGAAAACAAGAUUAACACAAGGUCACAGCCACCUCUAACUGCCUGAGAUGACAGCUCGCAUGCAGUAUGUCACAGUGCAUUUUGUUGAAAUGUUUUCUGAAAAACUGGAAUAUUGAAUAAAGAUCAAUGGCCUACACAGUCAAUGGCAUGGGGCUUACAUUUUUUAGGUUACACAGCGGAGAACAAACACACUCAUUUGAGGACAUUUGACCCUGAAUUUGACCUCUUGGGUUUAUUUGGUUUCCAGCAGUAUUUCUAUCCGAUUGCCAUGCCUCAGUAAGUGCACCAGGGGAGCUUUAAGAUGUCUUAGUACCAAAAUGAGAUGAGAAGAAGUCCAGAGGCCAUAGUCUUUUGCAUCACCAUCAUGAAUUCCUUUCACAGGGUUCAUUUCCAGUAUGCUAAAAGUAAAUAUUUGCUAGAUUGCUAUUGUUUGCAAGAUAAUAUAUACCCUAAAGAAAGUAGCUGUGAAUUUUAAUGUAAAAAAAAAAAAAAAAAAAAUAGAAUCUUGUCAUGGUCCAAGAAAUGAGACACUGUGUACAAAUUGCAUGUGAAUGCUAUUUUAGUGCAUCUGUUUUUUCUAUAUUAUUUAGUAUAUAUUAAUGUUGUGUGUAAAAGACCUGCCCUUCUUAAUUCAGUACACAUUAACCUCUCUUGACGGUGUAUAUAUUUUCUUUCCUUAGGUAAAUCACAGGUACAGUGUAAAGUACAGGCAUCUAUAGGUACUCUCCCGAAUGUGUUGUAUUUCACAUUUUGUCCGAAGAUGCACAGCCAUAUGUUCCCCACAUUUGAAGAAAAGACGGUUAAUAAACCCUUCAAUGCAACUCUGCAGUAUCUGUUGGACAGCGCGGCUGUGUUUUCCCCACAAUGGAGCGGCCACAUGGAUGCUCCACUCGCUUGGGGAAAUGGACUCUAUGGAAGAAACUGCUGCUGUAAAUGAUUCUUUUGGCAUGUGUAUUCAGUUGUUAAAAUAAACAUUUCUUCUAAAACA